AAAUAGAUGUCAGUUUGUAAUGAGUCAGCUCUGAGAUCAUAGUGACCGGAGCAUCAGUAUCAUCAGCAUCAGCAUCAUCCGGUUGCGUCCGUCCUCUCCGGUUCGAGUUCACGGUGCAUCGCUGCUCCCAUUUUGCUUGUAGUUUUCCGCAUUAUUUCCAGGUCAGAGGCGCGGCGCUUCCUGUGCGGCGCGUUUGGACUGAAGAUGGCCGCAGAUGGAGGCGCUCUGAAGGAUAUCAAUGAGAUUAAAUCGCAGUUCCGGACCCGGGAGGGAUUCUACAAGCUGCUCACCCUCUCGGACUCUCAGCAGCGGGCCGGGCUGCCGCGGGGACCCUCGGCGGGUGUCACGGUGGGGCCGGGCGCAGGAACGGGCUCCAUCCCGGGCGGCGGUGCUGGUGUUGGGCUGGUGCAGGGGCCCGGGUCCGCCGCCGCGGCCAACUCCUCUCCGGGCUUCCUGCCGCCGGUCCGGGUGUCGAUGGUGAAGCUGAAGCCGGAGGACCCGAGCGAGGAUUCGGAGCGAGUGUGCUUCAACAUCGGCAGGGAACUUUACUUCUACACCUACACGAACAUUAAGAAGGCGGUGGAUCUCAGUAAGCCGAUAGACAAGCGCAUCUAUAAGGGAACUCAGCCCACGUGUCAUGACUUCAACCAGUACUCGGCCACCGCUGACAGCGUGGCUCUGAUCGUGGGCUUCUCCGCCGGACAGGUGCAGUACCUCGACCCCAUCAAGAAAGAGACCAGCAAGCUCUUCAACGAGGAGAGAUUGAUCGACAAAUCAAAGGUGACGUGUCUCAAAUGGCUGCCCAAGUCGGAGAAUCUCUUCCUGGCGUCUCACGCCAGCGGUCACCUCUACCUCUACAACGUGGAGCAUCCUUGCGGCACCACGGCUCCUCAGUACUGUCUGCUCCGCCAGGGCGAGGGCUUCUCCGUCUACUCCUGCAAGACCAAGACGCCUCGCAACCCUUUACUCCGCUGGGUGGUGGGCGAGGGCGGCCUGAACGAGUUCGCCUUCUCGCCCGACGGCGUUCACGUGGCAUGUGUCGGACAGGACGGCUGCCUCCGCGUCUUCCACUUCGACUCCAUGGAGCUGCAGGGAGUGAUGAAGAGCUACUUCGGAGGCUUGCUUUGUGUCUCCUGGAGCCCCGACGGGAAGUACCUGGCCACCGGCGGAGAGGACGAUCUGGUGACGGUGUGGUCGUUCGCGGAGAGCCGAGUGGUGGCGCGUGGACACGGUCACAAGUCGUGGGUCAAUGUGGUGGCGUUCGACCCCUUCACCACUAACCUGGAGGACGACGAGCCGAUGGAGCUCAGCGGCAGCGAGGAGGAUCUCCAGCAGGGGGCGCUGCACUUCGGCCGCGUGCGCACCAGCAGCACGCUCUCGCGCCUCUCUCGGCACAGCUCCAAAGGUGGCACGUCGUCCGUUUCGUACCGCUUCGGAUCCGUCGGGCAGGACACGCAGUUCUGUUUGUGGGACCUGACGGACGACGUUCUGUAUCCGCGACUUCCGCUCUCCCGAGCGCUUACGAACACCUUCGGCCCCACCGUUCCGGCAUCCACGGCCCUGAACAGCACUAGCGGAAGUAGCGUAGUCGAAGGUCACCAUCAUCCCUCGCACCAAACGUCUACAUUGCCGCUACCUUUACCUCGUUCGCUGUCGCGCUCCAAUUCCCUUCCACACCCUGCCGUCGCAAACACCUCCAAGAUCCAGGGGGCGACAGAGAGCGGCGUCACGGGUGGCAGCAGUGGCAGCGCCGGCAGCGGAGGAGGAAGUGCGCCGUUUAGCAUCGGCCGCUUCGCUACGCUGUCGCUCCAAGAGCGCAAAUCGGACAAAUCCGGGGUGGGAGGGGAAAAGGAGCACAAGCGCUACCACAGCCUCGGCAACAUCAGCAAAAGCAACGAUAAGAUCAACGUGGCGCCGCGCAGCAAUCGACUAGAUGGCGCUAAAGUCUUGGGAACCACGCUGUGUCCGCGCAUGAAUGAGGUGCCGCUGCUGGAGCCGCUAGUGUGCAAGAAAAUCGCCCACGAGCGACUCACCGUACUCGUCUUCAUGAACGAUUGCAUCAUCACCGCGUGCCAGGAGGGCCUCAUCUGCACUUGGGCUCGACCUGGCAAAGCGGAUUUUCAAGGAUUACAGCCAAAUAUGCUCAAAAAGUGGCCGACAGUUAACAGCAUCCGUCUCAACCGCUGUCAGCACAGAAUGGAAACUCGCCGAGUGGGACCGUGGUAUAGCUGAAGCCUCAUUCCCGAGAGCCAGGAGCCAGUGUUUCACCCACCCACGCUUUAGUUGCACAUUAACGUCACAUGUAAAUGCACACGGGACCAUGAUGCACAGCUGCGACUUCAGCUCUCGCCCGCAGACAGACUGCAAACGAUCGAAGAUCGAGACUCUUCUUUGCAGAAACCCUGCUGGCCUCUUCUAUUACACUGCGAAAGCCACGGCCAUUUUACUUUUUAUUUAUUUAUUUGAUCAUGGAGUCUUCUAUUGUACAUAUUCAGACUACUCUAUAAUGGAAUAAUGAACUCGAAUAAUUAAUAUAUGAAGAUCCUAUAUUGUACAUAGCGACAGAUGCAUUGAAUGUUUGCAGAUUUUAGGGAACUGAUGAUUUAUUGUUCUUGUGUGCUAGUGCUUCAUAAGCUGUCGGAUGGGAGUUUGAGAGUUACGUACAUUCGUCCGACUGCUAGACGAGUUCUCUGCUUCAUAGAUUAGAGAGAUUAACAAGGUUAAUGUUGUCUAGAAAUGGUGUACGAACCGUGAAAGCAAGAUUUUAUAUAUUUACUAAGUUUUUGCUAAGCAAGCAACGUCAUCGGAGGUCAAUGAAAUCGGAGGUUCGCGCCGUUUUGACUGUUUAGAGCUCCUGGAGGCGGAUCUCUUGAAAUUUGCCUUGUUGAAACGCAAGUCAGAUGCAAUCAAAGAGAGAAACUUCUCGACACGUUUAACUCUUGUAGCAUGGAGUAGGCGCUAUUCCUUACACCUGCUAUGCCUCUUGCAAAACUUUGCACAUUUACAGGUUGAUUUGAGCUCGUUGGAGGGACUAUUUUCAGGAGUCUGGAUCACUGAUGUGAAGUGUGUCAUGCAGACUUCUCGAAAGGACAAUGUUGUAUCAAAUGUCUUUUGGCAUUCAAUUUGAUUAUUCUCAUUAAGCAGAUCAGCUUUAACAUCAUAUUAACAGAACUAACCCAUCAUAACCAAAGGCAUUCAAUAGCUAUGUUUCCAUCCACCUAUUUUGGGAUAUCGCAUUAAAAAACCGCUGGAUGGAAAAGCCAAAAUGCGCAUAAAUACUAAAAAUAAGUGUAUGUGCUCAAUUGAGGUGGAUCAUUGUUUAUCCGAUAAGAAGACAUGCGGAUAAACUAAGACAAAAACACAUUUACUGAAUAAAUACCUCAAAACCUCAGCAGAGGCUGUGAUUGGAUAAAUGGACUAACCAGCGAACCAAUCACAUCGCAACAUCUCAAAUGUUGGUUUGGUGGUUUUGAAACACCUGACUCAAAGUCUGUCAUCAGAAUGAUUUGGUUUAAUUACCUCCAAUUCUGACUUCUUGUAAUUCUAAGUUUACUUCUCAGAAAUUCUGACCUUUUCCUCGGAAUUCUGACUUUUUCCUUGGAAUUCUGAGUUUGAAUCCCGCAAUUAUGACUUUUUUCUCAGAAUUCUAAGUUUACUUCUCACAAUUCUGACUUUUUUCUGGGAAUUUUGAGUUUGCAUCUCG